AUGGGAAAGUCCUCAAAAGAUAAGCGCGACGCCUACUACCGGCUCGCAAAGGAGCAAGGAUGGCGCGCAAGAAGUGCCUUUAAGCUGUUGCAACUAGACGAGGAAUUCGAUCUCUUUGCCGAUGUCACUCGAGUCGUCGACCUUUGCGCUGCGCCAGGAAGUUGGUCGCAAGUACUGUCCCGUGUUCUGAUCAAGGGCGAGAAGUUUGGCAGAGCUGCUUGGCAGGAUAAGGAAGCCAAGUUUCGACAGCAGAUGCUGGGGAUUCUGCCUAAGGAGGGUGAUGGCGAACAGAUGGUGGAUGCUCAACAGCCGGAGGAGGAACAGAAGGACGCCGCGAAACCACGGGAGGAUGUUAAGAUUGUGUCGAUCGACCUACAGCCUAUCUCGCCUCUUGCAGGUAUAACGACGCUUCGAGCCGAUAUCACCCACCCUGCGACGGUGCCACUACUACUCUCGGCUCUUGACUCUUCCUACGAUCCUAAAGCAGCCGGAACACAGGCAUCACACCCAGUAGAUCUCGUUCUGAGCGAUGGCGCCCCCGACGUGACAGGUCUCCACGAUCUCGACAUCUACGUUCAAUCUCAGUUGCUCUUUGCCGCCCUCAACUUGGCCCUCUGCGUCCUGAAACCGGGAGGCAAGUUCGUCGCCAAGAUCUUCCGUGGAAGAAACGUCGAUGUUCUCUACGCCCAGCUCAAGAUCUUUUUCGAAAAGGUCAUCGUCGCCAAGCCUCGCAGUAGUCGCGCAAGCAGUGUGGAAGCUUUCAUCGUAUGCAUCAAUUUCCAGCCACCUGCGGGAUUCCGCGCCAGUCUUGAAGAACCCCUCGGUGUUGGUGGUCGACUAGAGGAGAUGCUCAAGGAGAAGGGUGAUAUCACCAUGCAGGAUUCCACGACGAAGGAUGAGGGUGUCGUUGAGAUGGAGGUUUACGAUGAAACACCUGAGGACACGGAGAGAAACAGUCGAUGGGUCGCACCGUUCAUUGCCUGUGGAGAUCUAUCCGCCUUUGACUCCGAUGCCUCGUAUCAGCUCCCUGAGGACUACGUCUCUCUAGAUCCUGUCCAGCCGCCCAUUGCCCCCCCUUAUAAACGCGCCAUUGAGAUGCGAGCCGCCAUGUCCGGAUCACAGCGCUAA